AUGUUUCAAUUAACGCGUGGAACAACAACAACCGAUGGAUUUCAUAUUUAUCCGUGUCGCUGUUAUUCUAAAACGGUGAACAUCGGGCAAACAAAUCAAUGGCGCAUGCCGAAGACUUGGAAUAUAGUCCGACGAGAUAUACGUACAUACGUUCCAGAUAAAGAAUAUAAUCCAAUCUGUAGCGAAGCAUCGCAUAGGAUGGGUGUUCCGUGGAAUCAGCAGAAAAGGAAAAACGUUGAUGAAAAAAGAAAGGGAGAAAAGAUGGGGGAACACCCAGCAUGCGCAAAAGAGUUUACACUUGCGUGCACGUAUAACGCAAACGCGUGGAAUAUAACCUUUUCCCUUAUUCGUGACCUCAGCAGGAAUAUGUGGCAACUCGGUAGGAAUAUGUUUAAAGAUUGUACACGAGGCAUUGCCCUGUCUGGCAUGGUCACCAACGAGCUAUACUGGGAAGUGACAGAGGAAAGAAGAAAAAAAAAAACAACAGAAAAACACGACCCCCUCGGAGUGUUCUGGAACAUGCGUUGGCCAGCCUGCUAG